AUGCCGUUGGGCUCACGGCCCACUGCCGGGCACGGAUCUCGCCAGCAGCAACCCCAGCCCCAGUAUCCUCAGCUGCAGCAGCGUAGCGGUACCCAGUGGAAUUCUUCCGCUGCUGCUCCGCACAUGUCGUUCGCCCCAUCCUCACGUUCCGGGGGAUCAUCUUUUCUAGCACCCACAUCCACACAUCGAAACCAGAACUAUGCUCACAGACGGAUUCCAGAAGGUGUCGGACGUUCGGGGGGAUACCAACCCAAGGCCCGUGUCACGGAGCGAUACCGCAUCGUUGGAUUCAUCAGCAGUGGAACCUACGGACGUGUGUACAAGGCCGUAAAUCGCAAUAACAUCGUCACGAGCACUAAUGGCGCAACGGUGGCAACGGGACACGAGGUCGCCAUCAAAAAGUUCAAGCCAGACAAGGAAGGUGAACAAAUCAGUUAUACGGGCAUCUCCCAGAGCGCCAUUCGAGAAAUGAGCCUCUGCAGCGAGCUGAACCAUGCCAACGUCAUCCGCCUGAUUGAAAUCAUUCUUGAAGAUAAAUGCAUAUUCAUGGUAUUCGACUACGCCGAGCACGACUUGCUUCAAAUUAUUCAUCACCAUACACAACAACCACGCCACCCGAUACCACCCGCCACAGUUAAGAGCAUCAUGUUUCAGCUGCUCAACGGAUGUCAUUAUCUACACACCAACUGGGUACUACAUCGCGACUUGAAGCCUGCCAAUAUUAUGGUGACCUCUUCCGGCGGCGUCAAGAUUGGAGACUUGGGCCUAGCCCGCCGAUUCGAUAAGCCGCUACAUUCCCUCUUUAGCGGAGACAAGGUCGUCGUGACUAUCUGGUAUCGCGCACCGGAGCUGAUUUUGGGCUCAUACCACUACACGCCCGCCAUCGACAUGUGGGCUAUUGGCUGCAUUUUUGCCGAGCUGCUGUCUCUCCGGCCCAUAUUCAAGGGGGAAGAAGCCAAGAUGGACAGCAAGAAGACGGUGCCGUUUCAACGCAACCAGAUGAUGAAGAUUAUGGAAAUCAUGGGCGCGCCAACCAAAGACAAGUGGCCGCUCCUGUCCACGAUGCCCGAGUUCGGCCAGCUUAACGCGCUGCAGGCCAGCAUGGCUGCCCACCACGGGCGCCACUCGCACGGCGCGCCGCUGGCAUCCAACCUCGAAAAGUGGUACCACAACACCAUAUCCAACGCGCCCAGCAGCACAAACACGUCAUCGGGCGCGUCGACGUCGCUCAGCUCCCUCGGCCAGGAGGGAUAUCGGCUGCUCUCGGGUCUCCUCGAGUACGAUCCCGUCCGCCGCCUCACCGCCGCGCAGGCCCUCCAGCUGCCCUUCUUUAGUACCGGCGAUAAGGUCACGGCCAACGCGUUUGAGGGCCUCAAAGUCGACUACCCGCACCGUCGCGUGAGUCAAGACGACAACGACAUACGCACGAGCAGCCUGCCGGGCACCAAGCGCAGCGGGCUCGCUGACGACUCGCUGCUGCGCCCGUCGAAAAGAGUCCGGGAGUAG